UUUGUAAUUUUUUGAUUCCAUCUUCAUUAUUUUUAUUAUCAUUAUCAAUUUUUUUCAAUUUGUGUUGUGAUUUGGAAAUAAAUUCAUCAUCAUCAUCAUGGGUCAUAAAAAUUCAACAUUACAUAGUCAAUUUAGAAAUCAAUCGGAUGGACCGAAUUGUGAUUUAGUUGGCAUGUCGAAUAGUGGUUAUGGUGGUGGAGAUACAUUUAUCAAUGUUAAACAUGGACCAUUUAAAAGAAGAUUAUCAAUGCGUAAUAUAUCAAUACGACGAUCAUUCCAUAUGGGUGGUAAACAUAAUAAUCGAAAAAAUAAUAAAACUAAUAAACAUCAACAACAUCAAUUAAAUGAUAAUAAUUUAACAUCGAAUAAUAAUAAUUCUAGAAUUGGUAUAUCAGCUACAACUGAUCGUUUACCAUCAUCAUCAUCUACUCUUAUAAAUAGCAAUAUGCAUAAUAAUAAAAAUAAUAUACAACAAUCAUCCAAUGGUAUUAUUAGUGGUCCAUCGACAUCAUCAUCUAAUCAUCAUCAUAAUCAUCACAAUAAUAAUAUACAUCCACAACAUCAGACACCAGUAUUACCAAGAUCAAAUAAUACUGGUAAACGAUCAAAUCAUCGUGAAAAAUUUGUAAUGGAUCGUAUUCGGAAAUCAUUCCGUAAUUCAUUUCGUAAGAAAAAACCCGAUAUUAUAACCGAAUCACAGAAACCACAUCAAUGGCAAUCGGAUGAACAAUCAGUAAGAUCUGGUACCUGUGUAUUUCAUGUUAAAUAUCUUGGCUGUGUUGAAGUAUAUGAAUCACGUGGUAUGCAAAUAUGUGAAGAUGCACUUCGUAGGUUAAGGAAUUCAAGAAGACGUGGCGUCAAAGGACAAUUAUAUGUUACUGGUGAUGGUAUACGUGUUGUCGAUGAUGAUACCAAGGGUUUGAUUGUUGAUCAAACUAUCGAAAAGGUAUCAUUCUGUGCACCGGAUCGAAGUCAUGAACGUGGAUUCUCAUACAUUUGUCGUGAUGGUACCACUCGACGAUGGAUGUGUCAUGGAUUUCAUGCAACCAAAGAUUCUGGUGAACGUCUUAGUCAUGCCGUUGGUUGUGCGUUCAAUAUAUGUUUAGAACGUAAACAAAAACGGGAUAAAGAAUCUGUAUCAGCAAUUUUAGAUGCAAAUAAUUUCACACGUACUGGAUCGUUUCGACAAUCAUCAAUUACUGAACGUUUACAAGAUCCACAAGUUGCAAAGCCAUCAGAACCUGUUCCGGUGAAGCAACCAGUACAUAAUCCAUAUGCAGUGGCAAGGCCACAUGCAACGGCAAACCUACUUCAACGACAAGGUUCAUUACGUGGUGGACCAUUAAAUCAUGCAUCACCGUUUAAACGGCAGCUAUCAUUACGAUUUAAUUCAUUAACUGAUUCAUCAAUUGAUGAUCCAUUAAAAUCAUCAUCAUUGACAUCAUCUCCUAUUAAUUCUCAUACCAAAACUAAUGGCAGUCCUACUAAUCAAUCGAUUUCAAAUGAAAACAACAUUCCGAUUCGUAAUCGUGCUCAUUCAUUAGAUUUAGCAGCAUUUGAAGAGCCUAUACCUGAAACAAAACGGCCAGAUUUGUUGCAAAAACUUUCGUUAACACCAUCUGUUGCUCCAAUCCAAGAAGUAUCACCAUCCAUAAUUGAUAAAUCAAUUACGUCUGACACAAAAGCUGAAGAAUCAAAUUCUGCAAUCAUAACAGCCAUGUGUCAACAAUUAUCACAGGGUUUAAGUAUGUUAAGCGCCAAGAACGAAGACGAUGUAAAUAAUCAAACAACGUGGCCGUUGACUGCACAAACAGAUGAUCUGAGUGGUGAUGGAAAAAAACAUUUUUCACCAUUGUCAAAUCGUCAAUCAUCCACAGCACAAAAUAAUAAAUUGAAUGGUACUGGUCUUAAUCAUCUGGUCAAAGAUGCCAAUUCUUUAUUUUCAUUUUCAAAUAUUGAUCAAUGGAUAUCGAGCAAAACAUCUGCAUCGUCGACGACUGCUCAACAAAAUAUGGAUCAAAAAUCUGAUACUUUAAGCCAACAAUUAAAUACUGGUAGCUUGGAUUCAGGAAUAGCUGCUUGUUCUGGAUCAUCAUUGAAUGGUUUAAUAAAAACAACAAUGACAACGACUACAACAAUGCCUUUGAUUCCACCUGCAGUUGUAGAUCAAAUGCCACAAGUUUGUGCUCCGCCACCACCCCCACAAUUAACACAACCAUCAUCAUCAACAUCGCCUUUAUUUUCAACAUUAUCGGCCUUUUGUUCAUCAUCAUUAUCAUCAACAGAAUCGCCCGCAACAAUGCUUCGACAGCAAAAUCCAAUGAAUACGUCAACGACAGUGCCAAUAUCAAAAAAUUUUAGCAUAUCAUCAGAAACAACGACGAAAAAUGAUAAUGGCACAAGCCAUACAAAGAAUCCAUUUCUAGAAACAACAAUGAUUCGGGAUGAUUGGAACAUGACAUCGAAAUCAAUAUUACCAACGACGACAACUACAACUACAACAACAACAACGGCAGCUGAAUCAACAACCAAAUUUAAAAGUACGAAUCCAUUUCUUGAUCUAAGUCAAACACAAUUUGGAAAUGAUGUCAACAUCAAUAACAAUACAAAGUCUUUCGAUUCAAUAAUGGAAACUGUUAAAACAACAACUGAUAUAACAUCAUCAUCAACUUCUCAAGCAACAAUUUCAACGACGACGGCGGCUACCACUAAUAGGCAGAUGAUUAAAGCUUUCGAAGUUUCGAUGUAAUUUUUUUUCAAAUCAAUUCAUUAUCAAGAUUAUUCUCAAUGUUUUCAAAACUUUCAUUUUUUUCAUCAUAAAUUCGUAUUCAUUUGAUGAUUUAUUCAUUUUUUC